CCGGGAGCGGCGGGGCCGGGGCCGAGCGGGGCCGGGCAGGACCCUCCGGGGCCCCCCGGGGCCAGCGAGGCGGCGAUGCCGAGCAAGAAGAAGAAAUACAACGCGCGCUUCCCGCCGGCGCGGAUCAAGAAGAUCAUGCAGACGGACGAGGAGAUCGGCAAGGUGGCGGCCGCCGUGCCUGUCAUCAUCUCGCGGGCGCUGGAGCUGUUCCUGGAGUCGCUGCUGCGCAAGGCCUGUCACGUGACCCAGUCCCGCAACGCCAAGACCAUGACGACGUCUCACCUGAAGCAGUGCAUCGAGCUGGAGCAGCAGUUCGACUUCCUCAAGGACCUGGUGGCCACCGUGCCCGACAUGCAGGGGGACGGCGACGACCCCCACGGCGACGGCGAGCGGGGCCCCCGCAGGGGGCGCCGCCCGGGCAGUGGCCGCAAGAAUGGGGGUCCUGGGGCCAAGGGGACCCCGAAACAAUCGGGGACAGACUCGGAGCAGGAGGAGGACUCUGAGGACAGCGACAGCGACGGGGACGAGGAGACGCCGCAGCCCCCCCCGGCCCCGCCCCCACUCACCUUCGCCAGCCCUGGGGUCCCCUUUGCCCCCCUGGGCCCCCCCACCCUCCGGGGGGCUCCCGGGGGGGCUCCCCCCGGCCCCCGGCCCCCCCCGCGCCCGGGAGGAAGAGGAGGAGGAUGAAGAUUACGAUUCCUAGCGACCCCCCCCAUUUUUGCCCAAUUCUCCAGGAUCUCCCCCCAGUCCGGAGGCCGGGCGCCACCUCCCAGUAGGGCCUUACUGGGAGGUGGGCCUGGCACCAGUUUGGGGGGCUGGGGGGGUACUGGGAGCACUGGGACCCCCCCUCCCUGCCCCACUGGUGUCACGAGUUG